CUCCCUUCUCCCUUCGUUCUCUUCUUCCCUUCUCUCUCUGCAAACCCUAACCACGAUACCAUCUCUGCUAUAAACCUCGACAACUCAUAUAAUCGUUCUAUAAUUUUUUUCUUAAAAUGUGGCGUUCAUUCUUGAAGAUCACAAAAUGGCGACCAACAACUAGGGUUUUUAUUUCCCACUUACAUAUAAUCGUGAUUUUCAUCAAGACUUUCAAAAACACUUCCUUCACGUACACUUUUCUUCUUCAAUCUCACAUCCAUUUAGCAUACAAGAAAUCUAUUCGACUCAUCACACACCAACUAUUAAGGGAAGACGUCAAAGCAUUCAUAGACCGGAUGUAGCAACAGUCAAAGAUUCACCUCGUCUCACCUCGUCUCGCCUCGUCCAUUCGAAAACCUCUUUGGUAACCUCUCCUCAGGUGACCUCGUGCUCACUUCUCCUCGUCGGAGACCCUGGCAUCUGACCUCGACAGAGACUAGGACGAUUGCUCAAAUUUACAUGCCCUAGUUUGACUAAGUCGUAAAGCUACUUUGGAGGGUUGUUUCCAUGAACAUGAAUUAGUUAUUGACGCCCACAAGGUGCUCAACACAAUGUUUCUGUUAGGUCAGUUACUGACGCCCACAAGGUUUGACAACCAAAGCAGAAACUUUAUUUGGCAUGUUAUUGAAGCAGGUGGAGCUGACAUGUUUACUUCUGGUACCCAAUCACCUACCUAUCAGAAGGAAUUUGGAUUUAGUAGUCUCAAUAAUUUAACUAAAUAUGUUCAGCAGUCUUUAGUCAACAUAUUCUCCAGUCCAAAGGCUAAAGGAGAAUCUAAUCAGACUAGCGAGGUCAUAAAGGCCACCUUGUCAUCUUUUUGGGAAACAAAACUAUUCGAUCAAGAUUCCAAAGAAUCAUGUGAAAUAAUAUUUCCAUGUGAUGUCAAUGAUUUCUUAAAAAGAUUCAACAGUGAAGAACGUGCAUAUGUUUCCCAUUUAAUCCAUCAACGGGCCAAAAAAGCAGCAUUCAAGGAACCAAAGAGGUUGCUUAACAAGGUUCAAUGCCCAGUUGAAAUGGUAUUUCAGUACUUAUCACUUGUUAUUUACACUUUUGUUGUAUUUCAGUUGUGUAUACCCAACCCCUCCCUUCAAAACCUCUUAGUUUUCAGUGUCAGAGAAGGUGAGCACGUCGUUAUCGCUGGUGUUCCUCCCAGGUUCACCACAGGCCACCGUGCAAGGGUUGAAGUAACACAUGCAACUCUUCUUUCCUUGAUAGAAAAUUACUGUAGAGAAGCAUGGGUUCGAAAUCUCCAGAAACAAAUUGAGAAAAUUUACCGUGAGAUGUACCAAAGAUGUAGUCAGCAUGAACGCAUUGUCAGCAUUCUAGAUGAUUAUUUGAGAAAGAACCCAAAAGAUGCUGAUCUGAGUGUGGUCCAUUUAUUGGCUUCAAUGCAUAUGUUGGGAAAUGCACAUGACAAAGCUCUUCAACAUAUUUAG